AUGGCGGAGCGCGGUCAGCUCCCCCACCCCGCCAAGCGCCUCUGCUGCAGACCCGGCUAUGGCUCGGGCUGCAGGCCGGGGCAGCGGGCGGGCGGCUCCGGGCCCGGCGGCGGCGCUCUCUGCGCCGGACCCUCCUCCGCAGCUGCCGCCGCCGCCCUGGGGCUGCUGCCGCUCGGCAAGACCCAGAGCCCCGAGUCCCUGCUGGACAUUGCAGCUCGCAAGGUGGCGGAGAAGUGGCCCUUUCAGCGGGUGGAGGAGCGGUUCGAACGGAUCCCGGAGCCGGUGCAGCGCAGGAUCGUCUACUGGUCCUUCCCCCGCAGCGAGAGGGAGAUCUGUAUGUACUCCUCGUUCAACACCGGCGCCGAGGAUCCCGCCGCCGGUCCCGGAGGCGCCGCUGCGCCUGGCGGGGCCAUGGACGCCGCCGCCGCCGCUGCCGCCGAUGAGAACCGGCUGCCCUUCCGCAGGGGCAUCGCUCUGCUCGACGGCGGCUGCGUCGAUAACGUCCUGCAAGUCGGUUUCCACUUGAGUGGCACAGUAACAGAACCUGCAAUGCAAUCGGAGCCAGAAACUGUUUGCAAUGUAGCUAUCAGCUUUGAUCGUUGCAAGAUUACCUCAGUGACCUGUAGCUGUGGAAACAAGGACAUAUUUUACUGUGCCCAUGUUGUGGCGCUCUCUUUAUACCGGAUCCGCAAGCCAGAUCAGGUCAAACUGCAUCUUCCCAUUUCAGAGACACUCUUUCAAAUGAACAGAGACCAACUACAAAAAUUUGUGCAGUAUUUGAUCACAGUACACCACACAGAAGUUUUGCCAACUGCUCAAAAAUUAGCAGAUGAAAUCCUUUCUCAGAAUUCAGAAAUCAAUCAAGUCCAUGGUGCUCCUGACCCAACAGCAGGUGCUAGCAUAGAUGAUGAAAAUUGCUGGCAUUUGGAUGAGGAACAAGUCCAAGAACAGGUUAAACUCUUCCUUUCCCAGGGUGGAUACCAUGGAUCAGGGAAGCAGCUCAAUUUGCUUUUUGCGAAGGUGCGAGAGAUGCUAAAAAUGAGAGAUUCAAAUGGAGCUCGCAUGUUGACGUUGAUAACAGAACAGUUCAUGGCUGACCCCCGUCUGUCGCUUUGGAGACAACAAGGAACUACAAUGACUGACAAGUAUAGGCAGCUCUGGGAUGAACUGGGUGCUCUGUGGAUGUGUAUAGUCUUAAAUCCCCACUGCAAGUUGGAGCAGAAGUCCAGUUGGCUAAAACAGCUGAAAAAAUGGAACAGUGUGGAUGUUUGUCCCUGGGAAGAUGGAAACCAUGGAAACGAGCUGCCCAAUUUAACCAAUGCUUUGCCUCAGGGUGCAAAUGCUAACCAAGAUUCAUCGAACAGGCCACAUCGGACAGUGUUUACUCGAGCCAUUGAGGCGUGUGAUCUGCACUGGCAGGACAGCCACUUACAGCACAUUAUCAGCAGUGACCUGUACACCAACUACUGUUACCAUGACGACACUGAAAACUUGCUCUUUGACUCUCAGGGGUGGCCCCUCUGGCAUGAACAUGUUCCUACAGCCUGCGCGAGGGUUGAUGCAUUACGAUCUCAUGGAUACCCACGAGAAGCACUGAGGCUAGCAAUAGCUAUUGUUAAUACACUAAGGAGGCAGCAGCAGAAACAGCUGGAAAUGUUCCGGGCUCAGAAGAAAGAUCUUCUCCACAGGGGAGUAACCUCAAUAACAAAUCUUGAAGGCUGGGUGGGACACCCUUUGGACCCCAUUGGCACCCUUUUUGGUAGCCUGAUGGAAGCCUGCAGGGUGGAUGAUGACAGCUUCCAUGGAUUCUCCGAUUUCACGGAGAACCUGGGGCAAUGCAAAUCUCUGGAGUACCAGCACCUGCCUGCACACAAGUUCCUAGAAGAAGGGGAAUCUUACUUAACACUGGCUGUGGAAGUAGCAUUGAUAGGGCUGGGACAGCAGCGAAUAAUGCCAGAUGGCUUGUAUGCACAAGAGAAGGUUUGUCGAAAUGAGGAGCAGCUUAUUUCUAAGCUACAAGAAAUUGAAUUGGAUGAUACUCUGGUGAAGAUUUUUCGAAAACAAGCAGUCUUCCUAUUAGAAGGUGGACCAUACAGUGGCUUAGGUGAAGUCAUCCAUCGAGAGAGUGUUCCAAUGCACACAUUUGCCAAGUAUCUCUUCACCUCUCUCCUACCUCAUGAUGCUGAAUUGGCAUACAAAACUGCACUGAGAGCCAUGCGGUUGCUGGUACUGGAAUCCACAGCUCCUUCAGGAGACCUGUCCCGCCCUCACCACAUCGCAUCUGUUGUUCCAAACCGGUAUCCCCGCUGGUUCACCCUAAGUCAUAUCGAAUCCCAGCAGUGUGAGCUGGCAUCAACCAUGCUAACAGCAGCCAAAGGUGAUGUUCGGAGACUGGAAACAGUGUUAGAAUCCAUCCAGAAAAAUAUCCACUCCUCAUCACACAUCUUCAAGCUUGCCCAGGAUGCAUUUAAAAUAGCCACACUCAUGGACAGCUUGCCAGACAUAACUCUUCUGAAAGUUUCUCUGGAGUUGGGUCUUCAGGUGAUGCGGAUGACGCUGUCAACGUUGAAUUGGCGACGGCGGGAAAUGGUGAGGUGGUUGGUAACAUGUGCAACAGAAGUAGGUGUUUACGCACUGGAUAGUAUCAUGCAAAAUUGGUUUACACUUUUCACUCCAACAGAAGCCACUAGUAUUGUUGCUACGACAGUGAUGUCCAACAGCACCAUUGUCCGUCUGCAUCUGGACUGCCAUCAGCAGGAGAAGCUGGCUGGCAGUGCUAGGACGCUUGCUCUACAGUGUGCCAUGAAGGAUCCUCAAAACUGUGCCCUUUCUGCACUGACCCUAUGUGAAAAGGAUCACAUAGCUUUUGAGACCGCUUACCAAAUCGUUCUAGAUGCUGCUACAGCUGGCAUGAGCUACUCGCAGCUUUUUACCAUAGCACGAUACAUGGAGCACCGUGGUUACCCCAUGCGGGCCUACAAGCUGGCCACCUUGGCCAUGACACAUCUCAACCUGAGUUACAAUCAGGACACACACCCUGCCAUUAAUGACGUUCUGUGGGCAUGUGCGCUCAGCCACUCCCUUGGGAAAAAUGAGCUAGCAGCUAUAAUACCUCUGGUAGUCAAAAGUGUCAAGUGUGCAACAGUACUGUCAGACAUUUUGCGUAGGUGUACUUUGACCACUCCUGGCAUGGUGGGACUUCAUGGAAGAAGGAACUCUGGUAAGCUCAUGUCACUGGACAAAGCCCCUUUACGGCAACUCUUGGAUGCCACGAUCGGAGCCUACAUUAAUACAACUCAUUCACGUCUCACUCACAUCAGCCCACGACACUAUAGUGAGUUUAUAGAGUUCCUCAGCAAGGCACGAGAGACCUUCCUAAUGGCUCAUGAUGGUCACAUCCAGUUUACACAGUUCAUUGACAACCUAAAACAAAUCUACAAAGGCAAAAAGAAACUGAUGAUGCUGGUUCGUGAACGGUUUGGUUGAUGAAAAUGCGUGAAUGGGGGACUGGGGGGGAGGGGUGGUUUGUUUUUACUUGAGCCUGCCUUUGUAUCCUUUUUAACUUAAAGAAACAGAGCCACACCGGUAUUAUAUGUGUAUAGUUAUAUUGAGUUUGCAAACUGAACUGUCAUGUUGUGAAAGUUUGUGUGUUUAAUUUUUUUUUCUUUUUUCUGUUUUGUAAGAGAGAGAGGUUAAAAAGGUUUGGUU